CACGUUUAGAUUUGACUCGCCUGCCACUGCUGAUUUCGCAGGAGAGCUCAAGACAGCGACAUUAGAUUGUCUCAAAUAUGUCAGCUAAGCAGGAGAAGUGUUAUGACCCUCGAGACUCGACACUUAGAUUUGUGGACAGAGAUGAUGAACUUGACAUUCUGUGUGAAGGUUUCAAGUCUCGCAGAGCUCUGAUGUCCUGUGGUCACGCUGUCACUCCAAUGUCUCUGACCAACUGGUGCCGCAGGUUACUGGAUGAGGGUAAAAGCAGAUUCACAUGUGGCCAAAGUGGUUGUGAUGUUGAGUGGCCUUACUCAGAGGUUCGUAAAAUGGCUCUUCUGACACCUGAAGAAAUGGAGUACUUUGAAAAAGCCUUGGCUUCCAAUGCUAUUAAGGAUUACUUUGAUGCCAAAUCAUGUCCUGGAUGCAGAUCUUCUGUGGUGAGAAAGGAAACCUCUAAUCUGCGCGUCCGCUGCGCCGUGUGCACAAAAAACAGAAGACGGGCCUAUGAGUUCUGCUGGCAGUGUUUGAAGGAGUGGAAGGGUCCGGCUCCACGCUCAGACCGCUGUGAAAAUGACGGCUGCUGCAACGAACCACUGAAAACACUGAAAAACUGUCCAGAUAUCAUCUUUGAGUCUGUGACAGGGGUCAGUGGCUGUCCCUCCAUCCGAGCCUGUCCCACCUGUGGCUCACUGGUGGAGCAUGACAGAACAAAAUGUAAAAAUGUUGUUUGCACCCAAUGUAGGAAGGAGUUUUGUUUUGUGUGCCUGAAGCUGUCAGUAGAGUGUUUGAAGACAAGUAGGCAUUUCAUACCAUGCUCCAGUGGUGUUGCCCCCAGACAGACCUCUAUACCUGUGUGGAAGAAGUAAUAAAGUAAACAGCACUAUGUAAGUGCUUCAGUUUCUUUUGAUGCAUUCUUUUUGAAGUAAUGCACCAGUGGUGUACUUUACAUUAUUCUCUGAUUUUAAAGAUCUGAAUCUUAUUUCUUCAUAGAAACAAACAGAAUGCAUUUGUAUUGUUAGUUAGAAAUUGAGCCAGAUGUGAUGGUCAUACCUGAAACCUGCCUGAAUUAUAAGGCUGAGAAUUGGAACAUAUGAUUAUGAAGCAUAUAUGAAUUCAUACAUUUGAAAUUAGGUAUAUAUCCUUUCAUAUCCACCACUGCAUUCUGUUAAUUGUCUGAUUGUGUAUUGCUUCUUUAAUGUAAGUGCAUUGUGAUUCCACCACCUUUUUGUUAUGUGUUUUCAGCUACUACUUUACUGCCUCUUUGUGCUGAGAAGGCAAUUUUGUCCUAAUAAGGCCUUGUCUUUCUGGUUGAAUUAAAGUUAAUGUACA